ACUCCUCAGAUCAUGAAGUCAUUAGUCAGUUUCUGUUUGGCACACGGGUCCCUUUGAUGCAUCGGUGCAGUUCAGGCUCUAGUUUGUCACACUUUGACUGCAGAUGUAAGGGUUCAUUUUCUACCUUCAGAAUGUGUUGGAUGACUCUUUGUUACUGGCGGGUACGAAGGCAGGAGGAACUUCAAGCUUCCCAGAUGAAGGCGCUGGAUCGAGAAAGUACCGGAGACGCAGACGUUGUGAACUUGCCUACGACCAUGGAACUCUUAUGACCCACAGCUUCAUAGAAUCACACUCAGAACUUGCCUACGACCAUGGAACUCUUAUGACCCACAGCUUCAUAGAAUCACACUCAGACCGCAACUGUAUUAUUUGCACUCGCACUCAGACUCGUCCCGCUCCAUUCUGCUCAAGAACUUAGAGGAAUGCUAAACACGAUUAUGGGAUAUUCGUCGGUUGGAACACAUCUCUUUCUAAGGUGACAGGCACCUGCAAGGUUCUAAACAUGUUUGAUUCAGGUCUGAAUACUCUCUCGCUAGAAACGCGACCCCACCAUAGCAGGUCCUCCGGGAACUUUCAUGUCAUAAUAUUACCAUCUCUCAGAAUCAAAAGUGCCUCCAAUAUCACUUGAAGAUUUCACAUGAACUCAAAUUUGCUGUAGUGCAACGCGAGUGGUUACCGCAAACUUCUGUCACGAUAUAAUAAAAUGUACGGAGAUGUUUCG